UGCAGAACGCUCGCCGGGCCACUUCCAUCGAUGGAACCGCCCUACACCCCUCCCUCGGCGCGCUCGAGCGGUUGGGGCGGCUUUUCGACACCGCCGAGCCGCUCCUCCGGUGGAUCGAGCUCCAAGGCGGACUACACUGGCGACCGGUUCAUCCCGACGCGGCGCGGAGUAAACCUGGCCGAGCAGUUUGCGCUCCUGCCAGAGGGCGGCAGCGGAGGCGGAGGGGGGAGCGGCGGGAGCGGAGCCGAGCGCAGUGGCGACGGCGGCGCCGCCACCACGCCGCGCGAUGACGACCCGUACAACAUGCUGCUGCGGAACGAGUUGCUCGGCGACAAUGUGGCAGUCACUUCGCGGCGCGGCUCGGGACGGCACGGCGCGAGGGGCGGCAGCGCGGGGGGAGGGUCGGGCGGCAGCCUCUUCCAGUACCGCGUCUCUCCCGCUCGAGACGCGCCCGCCUCUCCCUUCUCCCUCUCACCCGUGGAGGCGGACCCGAUGCUGCCCGCGGCGCGGCGCACGCAGCGAAAGAUCCCGUCGGUGCCGUACAAGGUCCUCGACGCCCCCGCCCUCCAGGACGACUUUUACCUCCACCUGGUCGACUGGUCGUCGACCAACGUGCUCGCCGUCGGGCUCGGCGCGUGCGUCUACCUGUGGAGCGCGUGCACGAGCAAGGUGACCAAGCUGUGCGACCUCGGGCAAGAGACAGUCACGUCGGUCUGCUGGGCGCAGAGAGGCACGCACCUCGCCGUGGGCACGAGCGUGGGCGAGGUGCAGGUCUGGGACGCGGCCAAGGCUUCGCUGCUCCGGACGAUGGGUGGGCACCUCGGCCGUGUCGGCACUCUGUC